AUGGGAAUGUUUUGGUGUUGCAGGGUUUCUGAGAUUAAGAAGAUGAGGAAGCAGAAUCCCUUGAAAAGCUCCAAGAGUAAUGUGAAUGAGGCAGGGACUUCCACCAAAUAUGAUAAUGAAGGGGGCCUUGCCAGAAGUAUUUCCAUGAAAACAGGUAAGAUAUAUAGAUUGGAUGAACAAGCAAAAGCAGCUAGUAGAAGACAUGUUAACCACCCGAAUCUCGUGAACCUGUUGGGAUAUUGUGCUGAUGGGAAUCAAAGGAUUCUAGUAUACGAGUUUAUGCGCAAUGGGUCAUUGCAAGAUCACCUUUUUGAUUUGCUUCCAGGCAAGAGGCCUAUGGAUUGGUAUACCAGAAUGCAAGUGGCCAAGGGUGCAGCUCAGGGGCUGGAAUACCUGCAUGACACAGCCAAUCCUCCAAUAAUCUAUCGCGAUUUCAAAACAUCAAACAUAUUGUUGGACGAGUUUUUCAACCCGAAGCUCUCUGAUUUUGGGUUCGCAAAGCUAGGCCCAACCGGGGAGCAAGAUCACGUGUCUACCAGGAUAAUGGGCACAUAUGGGUAUUGCGCCCCCGAGUAUGCUAUGACAGGACAGCUCACAACCCGGUCUGAUGUUUACAGCAUCGGAGUUGUCUUUCUGGAGAUCAUUGCAGGGAGGAGAGUGAUUGAUAACACCAUACCAACUGGGCAACAGAACCCGGUUUCUUGGGCAAAACCAAUUUUUACUGACAGGCAAAGGUUCACAACAUUGGCUGACCCUAGGCUUGAAGGACACUACCCACCAAAGGGCAUGUACCAAGCUCUUGCUCUUGCAGCUAUGUGGAUCCAAGAUGAAGCUAAUAUUCGGCCUCUAAUUGGCGACGUUGUCAGUGCCCUCGAGUACUUAUCCGCCCCAAGCGAGGAGUGGAACAGCACAGCCGAUGUAGACGAAUCCAAUUGCCUGUUCAUUCCCCAAGGUGCUUCUGCAAGCACUUCCAGAACCAAAUGAUCAAGCAAGCAGGUUAUGCAGGAUGAAGAAGAAUGGGUUGAUCAAAUGAUCAGUUUUAUUUAAGCUCAGUGGAUACAUUUCAUCUUCCAUAGCCCAAAACAAAGAUCAUAAGUGUUUUUACAUUGUUUGAUGUGAGUUGAAAACAAUACAAGUUUUUAAGCAUGUACUAUGUUUCAGAAGG